CAGUCUGCUGCCCUGUGCCCUCCAUCCCUCGGCGAACAGACAGACACGGAUAGAGGAUAUCCGAGGAGGUUUGGACGAAGACAAGAGACACAGAUCUGCUGCUGAUGGAGGUACAACGUCCCUCCGGUUUCACUGGAAUACCGCGCUUCAGUGUUUGACAUUGUGACCGUGGAGGGUGAAGGAUGCUCGGCUGCAGGAUGGGAGGAGAUGAGUGAGGGGGACACGGAGCGGAUAACAGAUGGAAGUCGGAUUCUGAUGCAGAGCCAGAGGAGAGCCCAGGGAGCAGCAGCAGCAGCAGCAGCAGCAGCAGUGGGGCUGUAGAUGCCCUCUCCACAGCUCCAGCCCCAGCCCCCCCUCAGGCCUCUGCAGGAGAGCCAGGACAGAGAGGAGACAGCUCCUGCACUGACUCCGACAGUCCUGUAGAUUCCAGCUCCAGCGAGGAGGAGGAGGAGGACGAGGACGAGGAAGAGGAGGGGGAGGAGGAAGACCCCGCUAUGUUCUCCUCCAAAUUCCUUAGUGGGGCCAACCCCCUCAAUGCUGUGUCCUCUGCUGUGAAUAAGUUUGGCCUAUUCGGUGAUGAUGGGGAGGGGAAUAAAAAUCAAAAAGCACCUUCACAGGAGGUGAAGCCACCUGGAGAGUCAGGAGCUGGUCCUCGAAAGGGCCCUCAACAGCAGCAGGGACCCCAAAAAUCAGACCAGGCCCCCCCUAUGCAAAAAAGUAAGCCUCAGUCUAAACAAGGAUCACCACAGCUGCAUGGGAAUGGGAAGACUGGACCCCCAAACAAGCCUGGUGGGCAACAAGCUGCUCUGAAGGCAGGGACUCAACCUGAAGACCUUAAAGGAGAACCACAAAAAAGUCAACCUCAUGGUUCACCUAAGCCUGGAGCUCAACAACAGAUUCCACCAAAGACAGGGAUGCAAAAACAAGAACCUGCAAAGACUGGGGUACAAGAGUCUACAAAAGCUGGAUCACAAAAAACUGUCUCGCAGCAAGGGUCACCUAAAGUAGGACAACAACAGCAGGGGUCACCAAGAAUUGGACAGCAACAGCAGGGGUCACCAAGAAUUGGACAGCAACAACAGGGUUCGCCUAAACUUUCACAGCAACAACAACAAGGCUCCAGGACUACACCCCAGCAGCAGUCCUCUGAUAAGCCUGGCCUUCAGCAACAAGGCCCAAAGGGACUUGGUUCACCUAGUCUGUCCCAGGCAGGGUCUUCAUCACCGAGAGCAACCAAAGCUGGACCUCAGUCAAAAGCAGUAGCUAAGUCCCUUUGCCCAGUGUGUAAAACAACAGAACUUAAUAUCAACAGCAAGGAACCACCUAACCAUAAAACCUGUACACAGUGUAAAACUGAGGUAUGCAGCUUGUGUGGAUUCAGCCCUCCAGACUCUGAUGGGCGUGAGUGGCUUUGUCUUACCUGCCAAGUACAGAGAGCUCAAGGAAGUUCUGAACAACCGGGACCGCCCAUGAAAAAACCCACACCCACCAAAGUCUCUGCUACUCAAAACCAGACACCGCCUCCUGCUGCAGCUGUCAAAAAAGAGAUGUCAGCACCAGGUUCACCUCAGAAAAUGCAGACUACAUCAGCAAAAGUGCCAGUCAAGGGCGAAACUGCUAAAGGACCAGAAAGUCAAAAACAGGCAAGCCCAGCGUCUGUUCAUAAAAUGACACCUGAGACCCAGAGAACAGGGUCUCAAAAACCGGACCAGACUAGUCAAAUUGCACACAAGCAAAGCAGUGCCACCCCAGCUCCCCAGCAGGAGUCAGGAGGUUUAUUUGGCUUUGGUAGUGCAAAAACUGAAGCUGCAAAGCCUGAAGACUCAGUGAAAGGGAAGAUGUUUGGUUUUGGUUCCUCCAUUUUCAGUUCUGCAUCUACUUUGAUAGCCUCAGCUGUUCAAGAUGAGCCUAAAACACCACCAGUUUCUCCUAAAAUGCAGUCUACAAAGGCUCAUCCAGCAGGCCAGGCCAAAGUGGACAAAGCAGACAGUCCAAAGGCAGCAGCACCCUCCCACAAUGUUCCUAAAGCAGGCCAAUCCACGUGUCCAAUCUGUAAGAUGGUGCUCAACAUGGGCUCGAAGAAUCCUCCCAACUACAGUACCUGCACUGAAUGCAAAAGCACUGUGUGCAACCAAUGUGGAUUUAACCCCAUGCCAAAUGUUAAAGAGGAAAAGGAGUGGCUCUGUCUAAAUUGCCAGGUGAAACGAGCUGCUGGUGGAAUUGAACCUCAAAAAGACACAUUGAGUAAUUCAUCAUUUAAAAAAAAUACUACAGACCCCGCACUCCAAAAGACCUCUGCACCAGGCUCUCCACAACAAAAAGUAUCCACACCAGCAGCACAACCAGCCAAGGGUGAAGCUGCUAAAGGACCAGACAGUUCUAAACAGGCCAGCCCAGCCCGGGGUCAGAAAACACCUCAGGAGAGUCGAAAGACAGGGCCCCAGAAACAACCGGACCAGACAAGCCAAACUGUACAAAAACAGGGAAAUGCCACAGCAGCUACACAGCAAGAAUCCGGAGGAUUCUUUGGUUUUGGUGGUCCCAAAAGUCAGACUGAUGCUGCAAAGCCUGCAGAGUCAGUGACUGGGAAGAUGUUUGGUUUUGGUUCCUCCAUCUUCAGUUCUGCAUCCACCUUGAUUUCCUCUGUUCAAGAUGAGCCCAAAUCUACACCACCAGUUUCUCCCAAAAUGCCCGCUGCAAAGGACUCCAAAUCUCCCACUGCCAAAAAAAGAGAACAGGAGAAGAAACCAGAACAACUCCAGCAGACCAAGGGUCCUCCAUCUGAACACCCGAAAGAAGACAAAGUUUCAUCAGAGCUUCUAAAAAAAGCAUCAGCUCUCCCAGUCAUAUCCAAAGCUGACCAAUCUACUUGUCCUCUCUGCAAACUGGAACUCAAUAAGGGCUCUAAAGAUCCUCCCAACUACAACACCUGUACAAUGUGCAAAAACACUGUCUGUAACCAAUGUGGAUUUAAUCCCAUGCCAAAUGUUACGGAGGUGAAGGAGUGGUUAUGCCUCAAUUGCCAGAUGCAGAGAGCAUUAGGAGCAGCUGAGCCUCCAGGAACUCCCAUGAUGAAACUCCAGGCCUCACCAAAUAAAGUCCCUGCACCUGCCAACACCAUAAAUAAGGAAACUUCUCUACUAGAUAAACUUCAAAAGAAAGACAUUCCACCACCCACUGAAUCUGAAAUAAAGAAGACCUCUGCACCGGGGUCACCUCAGAGGAAACCACCAACAACAGCAGAACAGUCAGAAAAUGCUGAAGUUGUGAAAAGACCAGAAAAUGAAAAGCUAGUCAGCUCAGCCACUGGUCAGAAAACUCCACAGGAGAGCCGGAAGACAGGCCCUCAAAAACCACCAGACCAGACAAGUCAAAAUGGACAUAAGCAGAGUAAUACUACCUCAACUACACAAGAAAAAUCUGGAGGGUUCUUUGGAUUUGGCAGCCCUAAACCUGAAGCGGAUUCUGCAAAGCCUACAGAAUCACUUGGUGGAAAAAUGUUUGGAUUUGGUUCCUCCAUCUUCAGUUCUGCAUCCACUAUGAUAAACUCGGAACUCAAAACAACACCACCAGUUUCUCCCAAGAUGUCUGCCACAAAGGCAACCAAAUCACCUCCUGCUCAGAAAGUAGAGCAGGAGAAGAAACCAGUGCAAGUACAACAGCCCAAGACCUCUCCAUUGCUACAAGCCAAAGCAGAAAAAACUACACCAGAGCCUCUAAAGGAUGCAGCUGCUUCCCCAGCUGUUCCCAAGGCAGGCCAAUCUACCUGUCCGCUCUGUAAGGUGGGACUCAACGUUGGCUCCAAGGAACCUCCCAACUACAGCAACUGCACUGAAUGCAAGAAUACUGUCUGCAACCAAUGUGGAUUUAAUCCAAUGCCAAAUGUAUCAGAGAAAAAAGAAUGGUUAUGCCUGAACUGUCAGAUGCAGAGAGCUCUUAGCGCAUCUGAACUCAUUGCACCUCCUAUGAAACCUCACAAUGAAGCAAACAAAAUGGACACUCCAGUGGCUCACACCCUUCAAAAGAAGGACAUUUCAACACCAGCUUCUCCUCAGAAGACACUUACUACAGCAGCAACUGUGGCAACUAAGACAGCUAAAGGACCACAAAGUGACACACAGGCUAGCCCAACUCCUGGUCAGAAAACUCCUCUGGAUAAAACUGGAGCACCAGCUUCUCAGAAAUCAGCUGUGGAGGCAAGUCAGCCUGGUCCUAAAAUUAAGCCUGAUGCUUCAAAAACAACAGAGUCUGUGACUGGGAAGAUGUUUGGCUUUGGUUCAUCCAUGUUCAGCUCUGCAUCCACCUUGAUAUCAUCUGCUGUUCAGGAAGAAUCCCGUACUACACCACCAGGCUCUCGUAAGAUGUCUGCACCAGCACAAGUCUCUCCUAAGAUGUCUGCUGUGCCCAAGAUUUCUCCAAAAAGUACACCGACAGUUUCUCCCAAAAUGUCACCAGCAAGGGAGCCAAAAACUAUUUCUCAAAAGCCAGAGCAGGAGAAGAAACCAGAAGAAUCCCACAAGAACAAAGACGAAAAGGCUCCAUCACAGGCGCCAAAGGAAGCAACAGUAUCCAAUGAUGCAGGCAAGGCCAAUUGUCCACUGUGUAAGGUUGAGCUGAACAUUGGUUCCAAGGACCCUCCGAACUACAAUGCCUGCACUGAGUGCAAGACCACUGUCUGUAACCAGUGUGGAUUCAACUCAAUGCCUAUAGGAGAGGUAAAAGAGUGGCUAUGUCUUAACUGUCAGAUGAAACGAGCAGUUGGAGCAUCUGAGCCCCGAGGGCCUCCCAUGAUGAAGUCCCAGACAUCACCCAGUAAAGUUCCUGCACCUGCUCCAGUCCAGUUGAAGGAUUCUUCCAAACCAACUACACCCCAAAAGAAGGACAGUCCAGUCUCUGCUGUACAAAAGAAUGAGUCUGGGCAGUCAGGCAAAUCUGAAGCUCAUACUGCACCAUUAAAACAGGCCAGCCCUACACCUGAUCAUAAAGCACCACAGGAAAGACCAAACACAGUUUCAAAUAAGCCACCAGAUCAUGCAAGCCAACCUGGAUCUAAACAAAGUGAUGGCACUGCAGCUACACAGCAAGAGUCAGGAGGCUUCUUUGGCUUUGGUGGUCCUAAAUCUCAACCUGAUGCUGCAAAGCCUGCAGUGACUGGGAAAAUGUUUGGCUUUGGUUCUUCUAUCUUCAGCUCUGCAUCUACUUUAAUAACCUCAGCUGUUCAGGACCAGCCCAAAACUCCACCAAUUUCUCCCAAGAUGUCUCCUGCAAAAGAGAUCAAGUCCACUGGUGCCCAGAAACUGGAGCAGCAGAAGAAGACAGAGCUUCCCCACCAGACAAAGACACCGCCACCAGGACAGGUCAAAGUGGACAAAGCCCAUUCGGAGCCUCCAAAGGCUACAGGAGCUUCCCAAGUAGCUGUCAAACCAGGCCAGUCUACCUGUCCACUCUGUAAGGUCAACCUUAACAUUGGUUCCAAAGAUCUACCCAACUACAACACUUGCACUGAAUGCAAGAACACUGUUUGUAACCAGUGUGGAUUUAACCCUAUGCCAAAUGAAACAUCGGUGAAGGAGUGGUUGUGUCUCACCUGCCAGAUGCAGCGGGCUCUUGGAGAAACAAACCCCUCUGCAGUUAAACCUCAGAAGAAAGAUGUCAUCAGCCCAGCUGAACCUGAAAAGAAAGAGUCAUCGGCACCACACUCUCCUCAGAGGAAUCUCUCUGCAACAGCACAGCCAGCUACAACCAAUGCUGCUAACAAGCCAACUGGUCAAAAACAGCCCAGCCCAGUUCCUUCACAGAAAAGGCCACAGGAGUCCCAAAAACCAUUGGGUCCAAACAAAACACCUGAGCAGAUAAGGCAAACUGAACAGAAGCUGAGUAAUGCCACUGCAGCGAUACAGCAAGAGUCAGGAGGCUUCUUCGGUUUUGGCAGUGGUAAAACUCAACCUGAUGUUGCAAAGCCGGCAGAGUCAGUUACUGGGAAAAUGUUUGGCUUUGGGUCUUCUAUCUUUGGUUCUGCGUCCACUUUGAUAACUUCAGCUGUUCAGGACCAGCCCAAGACCACUCCACCAGUUUCUCCUAAAAUGGCUCAAGCAAAACAGAUAAAAUCCCCUGCUAGCCAGAAGAAGGACCAAGAGAAGAAGCCAGAACAACCUCAGCAGAUGAAGACACCUCCACUGGUACAGGCCAAAGUGGAUAAAGCAGACUCCCAAGCCCCUGUAAAAACAGGCCAGUCCACCUGUCCACUCUGUAAGGUUGAACUCAACACAGGAUCCAAGGAUCCCCCUAAUUACAAUACCUGCACCGAAUGCAAGAACACUGUCUGUAACCAGUGUGGAUUUAUCCCCAUGCCUAAUAUGUCAGAAAUGAAGGAGUGGUUGUGUCUGACUUGUCAGAUGGAAAGAGCUCUCAGAGCAUCUGAAUCAGUAGAGCCUCCACUGAUGAAACCCCAGGCAUCACCCAACAAAGUGUCCGCUGCUGCCAAUCAAAAGAAAGAUAUUAUUUCUACACAAAAAGCAGAAAUGCCAGACAAAAAUGAGAAGGACAGUCCAACACCAGGUGCAACACAAAAGAAAGAAGAAAUUAAACCCCCAUUACAAAUGGAUAAGACCCAGACAAAAGAGGAAAAAAUUGGUUCGCCACCUACUAAUAAAGUUCCAGCCUCAGCUGCAUCGCUCACCAAAGAAUCGACAACUGUAGUUACAGACCUCAAUAAACAACUGCCUGCUCAAGUUCCUCCUGUUAACACAGACAGUGAAAUCUCCCUGCAGAAGAAAAAGGAUGUCAUUGCACCAAGUUCUCCUGAAACUAAAGAUGUUUUAGAAGAUAAAGAGAAGAAUGCUGGAAAAGUUCAGAAAUCAAGUUCAGUCACUCCUCUACCAGCACAGCCAGCAAAUCAAGAUUCAGGAGAUUUCCCCAGCUUUGGUAGUCCUAAAUCUCAGCGUGCUGCCUCACAAACAACUGAAGUGGUGACUGGGAAGAUGUUGGGAUUUGGUUCAUCCCUCUUUAGCUCGGCAUCUAACUUGAUAACAUCUGCAGUUCAGGAGGCGCGCACAACACCACCAAGUUCACGCAAAAUGUCUGCCCCAGCGCAAGUCUCUGACAAGAUGUCAGCUACGCAGAUAUCUCCAAAGUCCAGCCCUCCAGUUUCUCCAAGGAUAGCUUCAGCAAAGGACGCCAAACUGCCUGCUACUCAGGAAAAGAUACAAGACCAACCUCAGCAGUCCAAGGCCUCUCCAUCAGAACAGGCCAAAGUUGACAGUGGUCCAUCAGAGCCUGUAAAGCCAGAAGCCUCAAAAGCUGCUCCCAAAGUAGGCCAGUCUACUUGUCCACUCUGUAAGGCAGAACUUAACAUGGGCUCCAACGAUCCUCCCAACUACAACACCUGCACUGAAUGCAGAACCUGUGUCUGCAACAAAUGUGGAUUUAACCCUAUGCCAAAUGCCACAGAGGUAAAGGAAUGGCUUUGUCUCAACUGCCAGAUGCAGAGAGCACUAGGAGCUUCUGAACCCCCAGGCCUUCCCAUGAUAAAGCCCCAAACUUCACCAAGCAAAGAGGUCCUUGCCACCACAAAGAAGCGAGAGAGCCUAAAGUCAAGUUCUCAGGAUGACAUCCCUAAACCAGUCUCACCCAAAACUGAGCUUGUAGCUGAUUCAUUGCAUGACAAAACCGUUCCAUCCACUAUUUCAAAGACUGAUAUUUCACUGGCUUCACAAAAGCUUUCUGGAGAGACACUCAAAGAACAAUCUGAUGCACCUAAGCAGCUGUCUCCAAAGGCUGUGACAUCCACUACUAUGUCUGUUCCUCCAGCAGAUUCAGAGGCUGAAAAGCUGCCCCCACAAGAGCCUCCAAAAGUUAUGACAUCUAUUGCUAGUCCAUGUCCUCCAUCAGAUCCAGAGGUGGAAAAGCCACCCUCACAACAGCCUCCAAAAGCUGUGACUUCUAUUGCUAAAUCUGCUCCCCCACCAGAUCAAGAAGUGAGAAAGAUGCCCCCACAAGAAUCUCUAAAAUCCGUGACUUCUAUUGCUAAGUCAUCUCCUCUAUCAGAUCCAGAGGUGGAAAAGCCACCCUCGCAACAGCCUCCGAAAGCUGUGACUUCUAUUGCUAAAUCUGCUCCCCCACUAGACCAAGAAGUGGGAAAGAUGCCCCCACAAGAACCUCUUAAAUCUGUGACUUCUGUUGCUAGGUCAUCUCCUCCAUCAGGUCCAGCGGUGGAAAAGCGACCCCCACAAGAGCCUCCAAAGGCUGGUACCUCUCCAGCCAAAUCUGCACCACCUCCAGCUCAGCCUGCUAAACAGGAGUCUGGAGGCUUCUUUGGCUUUGGUGCUCCAAAAACACAACCUGCAGCUGCAAAGUCUACUGAGUCAGUGACCGGGAAGAUGUUUGGAUUUGGGUCAUCUUUUUUAAGCUCUGCAUCCACUUUGAUAACGUCAGCUGUCCAGGAUGAAUCUAAAACUACACCACCAACUCCACGUAAGAUGUCCACAACAGCCCAAGUCUCUCCUAAAGCAACACCGCCAGCAUCUCCUAAAAUAAUACCUGCAAAGGACAACAAGCAAACUGCUGUCCAGAAAACUGAGAAGAAACCAGAGAAACCACAGCCGGAAAGGACUCCUUCAACAGUACAAGACAAAGUGGACAAAGGUCCAUCACAAACUCCCAAGGCACCAACAGACACCCAACAUGCUCCAAAAGCAGAUCUGUCCACCUGUCCUCUUUGUAAAGUCAACCUCAACAUAGGCUCCAAAGAUCCUCCCAACUACAGCACUUGCACAGAAUGCAAGACUACUGUCUGCAACCAAUGUGGAUUUAAUCCAAUGCCAAAUGUGACUGAGGUAAAAGAAUGGCUUUGUCUAAACUGCCAGAUGCAGAGAGCCCUAGGAGCGCCUGCGCCCACUGGACCUCCCGCAGUGAAACCACAGCCCUUUGCCCCAAGCAAGGUUCCUGCCUCUGAAAAGAAGGAUAUACUGACAGCCCAGAAGGAGAAGUCUACAGAAUCUUCAGCAGUCAAAACAGAGGUCACUCAAGUACCUCUACACAAAAAAGAACCCCCCAAAGCUGAGGCUUCAUUGCCAACUGGAGUCCAAAAGACAGACACAUUACAACAAGGUUCUAUGCAAAAGACAGAGGUCCUUUUAAGUUCAGAAAAAGGACAAGGCCAGGGUGUCACAGGCCAGCAACAGCCUGUUGGAAAAUCCCUACAAGAACAGCUUUCUCAAACUACAAAGCCAGAAGUCAAGGCAGGUGUUGCAAAACAAGCAGCCGAGAAAACACCACAACAGCCCCUAAAAUCUGCAACUCCUGCUGCCAAAUCUGUACCACCUCCAGCUCAGCCUGCUAAACAAGAGUCUGGUGGCUUUUUUGGCUUUGGUGGUCCUAAAACACAACCUGCAGCAGUGACCGGGAAGAUGUUUGGAUUUGGGUCAUCUUUCUUAAGUUCUGCAUCAACUUUGAUAACGUCAGCUGUCCAGGAUGAAUCUAAAACUACACCACCAACUCCACGUAAGAUGUCCACAACAGCCUCUCCUAAAGCAACACCUCCAGUUUCUCCUAAGUUAUCCCCUGCAAAGGAGACCAAACCCCCUGCUGCACAGAAAUCAGAGCCACCUCAACAGGCCAAGCCUGCUUUGGCAGCACAGGCCAAAGUAGAGAAAGCUCCCGAGCCUCCAAAAUCCACAGAAGUGACUCAUGUUGCAUCUAAAACAGGUCUGUCUACCUGUCCACUGUGUAAAGUCGAACUCAACAUGGGCUCCAAGGAUCCUCCCAAUUACAACACCUGCACUGAAUGCAAAAACACUGUCUGCAAUCUUUGUGGAUUUAACCCCAUGCCUCAUUCAGCAGUGAACGAAUGGUUGUGUCUGAACUGCCAGACUCAAAGAGCUUUGUUGGGACAGUUGGGAGACUCAGGAAAAAUGCCUCAGCCUUCACCUACUUCUGCCAAGCCAGAGACCAAGACCACACUUGUCACCAAAAAGGCAGAGUCCAAAACUGCCCCUACAAAGGCAGAGCCCAACACUACUCCUGCAAUGGCAGAAGCCACACCUGUGGUCCCAAAAUCACAGCCCACACCUACCCCCAUCGAGGCUGCACCAACAGUUUCAACUCUAAAUGCAAAGAUGGAACCUACAUCUUUCAAGAUGGAAACUACAGUCACAGCAGCUUCUGCACAAAUCGAGACUGAGACCACAAUAAAACCCACAACAUUAAAGGUUUCACCUGUUACAGCAGAAAAACAGCCUCUGGCAGCAUCCACAGGUGAAAGCAGUAUACCCACUAUGGACCCUAUGCAACAGACAGUAGUAACAGAAAAGGUUGAAGUGCCAAACACAGAUGUUCCCAACACUGUAACAGUGGGAGAGAAAGAAGAGGUAGCAAAAAUGGAGCUCAGUGUAACAGAAUUACCCAAAACUGAAGAUACUAAGCCUGACUUUUCAAAAGUUGAAGCAGAUGCAGCUUCCUCUGAGGCUACAGUUGUACCCGGCCCCCCGAAGGGUGCUAUGGCUGGGGUUAUUCCAGGGACAGAAACACAACCAGAAUUGUCUGCUCCAAACAGGAUUAUUAAGGAAGUACAGCCUGAUGAAAAUAAACUGACAGAGCCAACAAAAUCUUUACAAAAAAUUGAGGUGCAGCCAAAGUCACAAGAACCACAGCUGGUAUUGGAAGUAGAGCCAGUCAUAGCAGCUGACAGCAAGGAGUUGGCUGAUAAGCUGCCUGAAAAGACGGUUGACAUCACCUCAACUCUAGAGACACAACCAGUAUCUACAGAGAACAUCAUCAUAAAAGUAAGUCCAAAAGAGAAAGAUGAAACCAAAAAAGAACCAAUGAAAGAAAGAAAAGUCUUACUACCGACUGGCCAGGUUGAACUGGAAAACAUAGUUGCCCCUGAGGCAGCUACUAAGCCUAAUUCCAAAGCAGAGGAGCAUGAUGAUGAUCAACCUCAGAUUUUACCCAUAUCACAGAAACUAGAUAAAGAGCAGGUGGUUGUUGAUACAACUAAAAAUGAUAUAACUCCAUCUAUGCCAGUAAAGGAUGAGGUCAAAGCUCAGAGAAGACGUCUAAGUUUCCAAGCAAUGGAUGAGAGCAGUGAAAGUGAGCUCACACCUUCACCCUCACCGAAAGUUCAGAGGAGAACUCUGAAGGUGAGCAAUCUUUCAUCCAGCAGUGAAGACAUGAAAACUGAAAGUGCUGACUCCUAUAUCGAAGAUGAAGAGUUUAUACGCAAGCAGAUAAUGGGUAUGGGUGAUGACAGAGACAUGUCUCUUUCAGAAGAUGAAAAAGAAAAGAAUUUGGCAAAUGAAGAAGCUAUCAAAGAAACUGAACUUGAUAAUGCUUCAGUGACACCCAAAUUACAGUCUAGAAAAAGUAGCACAGAUACGGAAGACGGCCUCGCCGGGAAAAAAUCCAUCCCAAAGACUGACACCGAAUCUACUCAAGAUGUUCCUCAAACAAUGCCCAGCACUACAUUCAAGAAAGCUAUUCCAGUCAUAAGACAGAGACAAAGCACAGAUGAAGAAGUAGAGAGCAUCACAGAAUCCCUGUCAAAGGGAUCAUCGAGUGUUCAGGCAUCUAGCUUUACUCCAGGAUCUUCACCUACGUCAGCCUCAUCUCUGGAGGAGGACAGUGAUAGCAGCCCCAGUCACAGGAAAACCAGUGGGGACAAACAACAUCGCAAAGGUAAACACAGGCAACCAACCCAGCCUCUCCCUACCAUUGAAGACUCCUCUGAGGAUGAAAAGAUGAGGGAGGAAGAAAAGUCUAGGAAAGACAAAGAUGAACUUAGGACCAGUGGCCAGUCACUGUCUCCAACUGAAGAUGUUUCCUCAACAGAGGAUCUGAGACAGGCUACAUCUGGCUCUGAGUACUCUGCCAGUAUAGAAUCAGAACCAGAGGCUAGGCGGGCUGUACAGAGAGGAAGUAAGCCUUCACCAACAGUGAUGCCAUACUUUUCUUCGGAUCCUUUCGAAGAGAAAGACACCAUAACAAAAUCAUUAAGGAGUGCUGAAGAAGCAUAUGAGGAAAUUAUUCAGAAGACAAAAGCUAUUCCAGGGGAGAGUCCUGAUAUUGAGCCCCUCUAUGGAGGAAUGUCAAUAGAGGACUAUCUUUAUGAAUCCUUAGUUGAGGAGCCUGAAAUUCAGAUGAGUAACUUUCAAGAAGAACUGAAACAAGAUAUUGGCUCUGAAUCUCUCAAAAAACUCAGGUCUCCAGAGGAGGUGUAUGAGGAGAUGAUGCAGAAAAAGAGAGAACUGAUGAUGAUAGAGCAAGAGUUUCAACAGGCUCAGACAGCCAUGGAAUCUUCCUCAUUAGGAGCUUCUGUUACUGAGCCUCCGUCAGUUACUGAGACGUGCAUGGUGACCAUACCCACAGAAGAGACAUCCCUCACUGGACAAAGCGAUAUGCUUCUUACAAGUACUGAAAAUUCCAGUGAAGUUGCAGUGAAGAAAAAGAAACGGCCAGCUCCACCACGCCCCUCUGAACCCCCUAAGCGCUCUGAGGUCACUGUUGGUCCCAGUAUUCCUAGUGGAUCUAUAGGUUUUGUUAGGCCUAUGGUUCCCCAAGACCCUGCAUUCAGGAAGGCACUGUUUCCCAUACCAGACCUCAAGAUUACCCAGUGUUCAUCUGGGGAGGAAGAGGAUGACAGUCUUGCAGACGAGUAUGGUGUUGGUAUUUCCUCUGACAUUACACCCAGUGAUGACUCUGAGACCAAAGAGGAUCCAUCUAUAAGCCCACCUUUGUCUGAAAUUGCUGAAAUGGAACCUAUCUGUGUUGUCUGUGAAAUUCCAGAGCCAAAACCUAUUCCAACUCCAAUAUCAGCCCCAGAACUAACCACCACACCAUCCCCUGUAUCACCAAUGUCACCUCUAACUUCACCAGCAAUUUCAGAUUCCAGUUUGGCAUCUAAUGCUACAUCUUCACCAUCAUUCCAGGCUCAAACUCCUCUUUCAUCUGAUUCAACUCCAAUGUCUACACCAACACCCCCAACUUCAUUUAUAACCCAAUCACCCCCAGAGAUCUUGCCACCAUCACCAGUCCUAACUGCAAUACCAUCAAGUCCCACUCCAGCCACAGUUAUAGUUACAAUACCAGAUGUGGUAUCUGAUCCACCCAAAGCACCAACAACUGCUUUAGUUCAAGUUAAGGCUUCUACACCGGAAGCACCAACUCCAGCCCAGGUGGAGAUGGCUACCCCUGUACCUAUUGUUCAAAUGCCAGACUUGGUUUCAUCUCCAUCUCAAGUGCCUAUUGAGGCUCCAGCUGUUGCACAGGUCACAGUACCGAGUCUAGCACCUGUUGUUGUUUCAGCUCAAGCUACAGCACUAGUUGCAGCUACACCUAUUGUUGUCUCCUCUCCAGCUUCAGCCCUUGUUUCUGCUCCUGUCACUCUGGCUUCAUGUCCUGGGCCAGUUAUAGUCAAGAUGCCUGACCUAGUUUCAGCAACAUCACCAAUCUCUGCACAAACCCCAUUACCAGUCUCAGCACUCAUAACUACUCCGGCUCAAGUCCAAACUAAAGUACAACCAACUGUUCCAUCUAUGGGUCCAGUGGUGGUCCCGGCUUUGGCUCAAACAGCCCAGAUGCCUGCACCAAUUUCAGCAUCAACUACUGUAGUCAAAAAGAGGGUCCCACCCCCUCCUCCCCCUCGGUCUACGUCAGUUUCAUUACCUGAACCUACUCCAGAGCUGCCACUUCUAAGGACUGUUCAGCAUGCCCCCCCUACUGUGACUACUGCCGUAACUAUGGGAACCGCAGUGGCUGGCCAGCCAAUCCUGCAGUCUGUGGUUGUGGAUAUACAGCCAGGAAUGGAAGACAUUCAACCAAAUAGUGUGGCUAUACCUCAAGUAGUGACCCCAACCAGACAAGGGCAUGUAGUCAUUAUAGUGCCCAGUGUGGAAAACAUACCUAUGCUUGGACAAAGUCCACAAGAUAUUGCUAACACAGGGCCAAUUGUUUCCACUGCCUCUCUAGCACAACACAGUGAAGUAGCCACGCACCCUGCUUCAAAUAUUCCCAGCACAGAUACAGCUUCACUAUCCACUAAAGUGUCAGCAGUGCCAGUGGCUUCAGCUCCACCACUUCCACCUAAACCUCUGACAGGGCCAAAAGUUAUAGACACAGUAGAAAUACCUGUAGCAGAUACACCUCCACCACCUCCUACUACUGCUGAACCCAAGCCACUUGUUUAUCCAAAGCCACUGGUUCCCACUGCAGUGACAACUGCUACAGUAACAGUAGCACAAGCUUUUGUUACAGCAAUUGGACCUACUCAAAUCGCUAAGCCUCCUCCACCCAUACCACCUAAGCCCAUAUCAAUUCCAGCAGGACUUGUUUUCAGCCACAAGCCAGGAGAGAGUGUCAAGCCACCUCCUCCUAUGGUUCCCAAAGCUGCAACACUGCCCAGGACCAAAGAACCUCCAAAUGCUUUGUCACUUAGCUUGACAAGACCUGUGGAGUCUAGGUUGGGAGCAACAUCACCAAAGUCCCCUUUGUCCCCAAGAUAUGCCAAAUGUUUGCAAACAUAUGUGGUUAUAACCCUUCCAUCUGAGCCUGGGUCACCAACAGAAGGCAUAACAGUCCAGGCACCUGUAAGACGAGGCUCCAUUCCAUCUACCAAAGUGUCAGGGGUACGGACCACACCUUUAGAGCAGAAAACACCCACUGAGGCAUUCUCAGCACAGGCUACAAUUAGGAGAGCCUCUGUCCCCACUGUAAGACAUCCACCUCCAGUAGCCCCCAUUGUGGUAGAAGAGCAAGUGACACCCUCUGAGGUAGUGACUACUAACGUGCAAGCCAGGAGAGAGUCUGUGCCUUCUGUAGUGCAGCCACCACCACCUGUAGCUGAUGUCAUUGCAAUGUCAUCAGUUCAGGACACAUAUAUUCAGGUACAUAGUGUACCUCUUCCAAUUAAAAAACCAUAUGUACAACAACAACCAAUUACUCAGCCACUGCCCCCACCUAAGACCAUGUCUGAGAUUAUCACAAUGCCCCCAGAGCCAGAGGUUCUUAUGCAUCCCCUAAUAGUCCAAGCCACAGCAAGAGGACAGUCUAUACCAUAUGUUUCUCAGCAUCCAAACAUAGCCACUGAGGUCACAACAGUUGCACCAGAGGUUUCAAAUGCAACACUAGUUCCUCAGGUUCCAAUACCAAUGGUACCUUUGCAGCCACAGCCUCUGACAGACAUUGUUGCUAUACAACUGCAAACAGAGGUACCUUUAGAUGUACUAGUUCCCCAAGAUAGACCAGCUGCAGUCCCCUCAGCUACUCUUUACCCACAAGUUGCAGAUGAAAUUGAAACACCACAAAAAGAACAGGAUAUGCCUACUGAUGUCAUUGUCACUGAGGCAGUUAUGAUAAGAUCGCCAAUACCAGGAGUAAGUCAGCAAAUACCUGUUCAACAGCAACCGACAAUUGUUGAAGCAAUGGCUCAGUCUACAGAGCAAAAAUUGCCAACAAGUUUUACCAGUAUUCAUACCAUUGCUGAACUCCCAUCAGUACCACAAACUGUUCAACCAUUAGAAGUCCUGCCUUUAGUGACAGAGCAACUAUCUACAAAGCAACCACUUCUUGUAACUGAGGUGGUGACCCUCCCAACAAAGUUUGGAUUGCCUACAGAGAUUGUUAAAACUGGCGUUGCUGAUAGACUACCAGAAGUGUCAACAGUAUCUCCAGUACCUCAUCCUCUACCUGUAGUAGCUGACGUUACUCCAACACUUCAGUUAAUGCCAGUAACUACAGUUGCUACAAUGAUAACACCUACAACUGGUGUACUAUCACCAUCGCCUCUUGUGAUGGUCCAACAAAUGGCAGUACAGCCAGAAGUACCUGGUGCCACUUAUGUACCACAGAUCUAUGGACCAAUUACACCCUCAGUCAUGUCACAAUCAACACCACCACUGGCGGUCAUAGCAUUGCAGCCUGAAUGUGAAACACCUACAGCGAUUAUAACAAGGGAUGUUGAUGUCAGAAGAACUUCAAUACCAUCAUCAGUGAUGCAGCCGGAGGCAGUGCCUGAAAUGCCAGUUGGAGUUAUUACAACUGAGGAAAUCACCAGUAGGAGGAGGACGUCUAUAUCAUCCAUAGUACAGCCACCAUACACGACGAGUGAGAUAUUUACUUAUCCUGUAGAAUAUGAGAAGCCCACACAGGUGGUAACAACUGAGGCCUUUGCUGCCACCAGGAGAGAGUCCAUAACCAUGCAGCAACCAUUACCAUUGGCACAGGUAGUAAACAUUCCAGCUGAAAGAGAUGUUCCUAUUGAUGGCCAUAAUAUCCAGGUUCCCUACAGAAGAGUAUCUAUUUCGUCAACAGAACAACCACCACAGGUAUUAACUUAUUCAUCAGAAUAUGACAAACCUCUGGAGAUAAUCACUACUGAGGCAUACAGCAGGAAAACCUCAAUUCCUACUGUACCGGACAUUCCCCAGGGUGUAUCUGUGGCUCCAGUCACUAUCACUAAAAUUCAGUCUAUUGAGAGCCAAGAGAUUCGAGGACCAGAGAAGGUGGUCUCCAGCAUGAGUCACAUGUAUUCUUCUUCAAUUUCCACUUCAGGCCAGCCUCCUGAAAGCCUACCUAGCCUGGUCACUCAGGUGGUCACCACUGAAGUCCAGAGGACCACUGUUUCUGUUGUCCAUGAAAGACUUCCACAGAUCCCUCCACCCAGUGUAGCAAUCACUAUACAACCAGAUGUAGCUAAAGUCCAGCAUUUGCCAAAACAGAAUGGGAAGAUAAUCUACUCUGGUGAUGUCAUUGAUUUACGUACCAUGAAGGCCGGCGUAAAGAUGACUGAACAAGGCAUGGACCUGACCCCACCUGAGUCAGGUCGACAGUCUAUUUCAAGUGACUCUAGUGGGCGUCAAAUCACUGCUGUGCAACCUAAGAUAGUAAAUCUUAGUACAGAGAUCACCCCUUCAACCACACUGUCUGUUGUCACUGACAGCAUCACAAUAGUCACAUGUACAGCCACCAUUGCGUCAUAUAACAACACUCCAGCAGAGAAACCACUUGAUUUGCAGGGCCCUGUUACAACAUUACCUUUGCCUCUCACCACAUACAAACCAUUUGAACCGCUAGCACAGAUUGUAUACAGACCUGUGAGCUCCCAGGCUUUAGUCAGGGCUGUAGCACCCACAGCUCAAGACAUACCCAUUAAUCUUUCCUUUGGAGUCACCUCAGGAGGCAACCAGCCAAUUACUUCAGCCCCAGAAGCUAUCAGCAAUGGAGGUCCUGUCCUUUCUCUAGAGGCCACAGGGGCCAUGGAUUUGUCAAACUACAGACCAGUAAGAGCUAUGGUAGCUUUGUCUGCCACAAGCCCAGGAGUAGUGACUACUGUUGUAGAGGAUGAUGGGACUCCAGUUGACCUUACAGCUGGAAGGAGGAGUGUGUGUUGUGAUGUCAUUUACAAGCUACCAUUUACAGGAAGCUGCAGAACACAGCCCCCUGUUACAACCCAACCUGACAACCGUUUUGGAUAUAGAGAUGACCACUACCAAUAUGAUAAUGCUGGACUGUAUGGCAUCAAAGGCAUGAACGGUAUAAAAGCCUCAAUGUCAGAGACCAACCUGACAGAAGCAGGACUGUUUUCCUAUGAUCCAAAGAAUGACUAUGAUUAUCUCAGUGGAUCUUCAGAUGGUGCUAUAGACCUCACUGCUGCUAAACUUUCUAAUGGUAAAGCUCUAGACUACACUAGCAAAGCUACUGGAGGCUACCCUGGAAUGACGACUGCACAAUACUCCCAAGUCCCUGCAGCUGGGUUUGGAGUAAAUAGUGUUCUGAGAACCUCAGAUGGAAUAGUUUAUUCCUCUGUUGCUGCCCCAGUUCCAUCCACAUAUGCAAUUACAACUCAACCAGGCUCUGUCUUUAGCACUACCUUAACACCUACAUCAACAGUCCAGAACCAAUCAGUGCCACAUCCAUAUGGUUUCAUCCAAAGUACAGACGCAGGACAGAUAAUCCCUUUUGACACAGGGCUACCUAAGGAACUUCUACCCACUGCUUUGGCUGACAUAAUAACAGGCUAUCCGGACAUGUACUCAGACACCACCCUGGAAGCAAUUGCUGCCUCUCUGGAUGCCUUAGCCUCCUCCCCAAUAUUCCCUGGUUUAGACAACACCAAGAUGGCCCAGUAUCAAAUGGAAAGGGAGUUUCUAGAGCUUGAGAAGCUUAAGCAGCUUUGUCUUGCCGAGGAGCUGGAAUGGGAGAGGCAGGAGAUCCAGCGAUACCGUGAACAGGAGCAACUUAUGGUCCAGAGGGAGCUUGAGGAGCUUCAGGCUCUGAAACAACAGCUUCUCCUACAGCAAGAGGAAGAACACCAUGCCCACAUGGUGGCCCAGCAAGAGACAUAUGCCCAGCAGAAAGAACAGUUGCAGCAAAUCCAACUACUCCAACUGCAACUCCAGCGACAGCUAGACGAGCAUUAUGGUAGCACUGGUACCACAGGAAACCUUCUAGAAGCUAAAUAUGCAGGGGUAGGUGACAGUGGCCAGUACUGGCCUGUCAAAGACGAGUCUGCAGUUCCAUUGACACAGUGUGAGGAAAGUCAGGACCAGCUUAAUGUAGUUAAAAAGCUUCAAGCUGAUCAGGACACAGGGAAAAAAAUAAUUGAUAGUGGAGUGCAGACAGAUGAUGAAGACUCAGCAGAGAAGCAGCAUGUAGGAAGGAGAAAAAAGAAUAAGAAAAAUAUUGAUAGCUCAGCUCAGACUGAUGAUGAGGACCAAGAUGAAUGGGAUGCUCCCACAAAAGCUCGACGACGCUCUCGAAAACAUAGCAGUGAAGGGAAACAUAGCUCCAAGGUCUCAAGCAUUGCAAUCCAGACAGUGGCAGAGAUAUCUGUCCAGACUGACCACUCUGGAACUAUCAAACGACCCAAUGUCCAGAUGGACACUAAAGUGGAAAUCAUCAAGCAUAUCUCAGCUCCAGAGAACUCUCAGAGAGGUGGCAGUCUCAGCUGUCAGACAGACUCAGAGAGAAGACAUCCACCCAUUGAGGUGGGCUACAGUACACACCUAACAGCAGAUGUCCCCUCUAGGUCUAAAGUCUUCUACAACCCGGUCUCCCCCCUCUCCCCGGAAAAGUCACUUGGAGGGCAGAGAAUGUUGACUGCUGACCCAACAAGAUUUUCCUCUGGUCCUCGGAUAUUAAAGGCUGGUCAAAAGUCUUUAUCUGAUCCUAAAUCCCUUAGUCCUUCCACAGAAGACAGGAUGGGUGGAUAUUAUGCAGACAGCUAUUCUGGCCGAGGCUCUCCCUCUGGUACAGGUAAGAAGGUAAAACGGACACUACCAGACCCCCCUCCCGAGGAUGACUCUCUGACUGGACGGUCAGGCUACAGCACCAACUCUGCUCGUCGCCGUCUUGCCCGCAGUACAACAAUGGCCCGUGCAAAGAUCCUGCAGGACAUUGACAAGGAGCUUGAUCUGGUGGAGAGAGAAUCUUCAAAACUUCGCAAGAAACAGGCUGAGCUAGAUGAAGAGGAAAAGGAAAUUGACGCCAAGCUACGGUACCUGGAGAUGGGUAUCAACCGGCGUAAGGAAGCCUUGCUGAAGGAGAGAGAGAAGAGAGAGAGAGCCUAUCUCCAAGGGGUGGCAGAAGAAAGAGACUACAUGUCAGACAGUGAGGUUAGCAACAUCAGAGAAGCCAGGGGUGAUGGCCUGGAGAGACCACGGACAGCUCCCCAGUCAGAGUUUGACCAAUUCAUCCCUCCACAGACAGAAGCUGAUUCCCAGUACAACACACUAACUAGUCCCUACUCUCAUUAUGCCCAGUACGUUCCCCAGACCCAAACCACCAGCCACUACACCCAACAAAACCUAUAUCAGCAGCAGUCCCUUUACCACCAACAGGUGUCUCCUUACCCAACCCUAUCCCUCUCCCAUGCCCAGACUCAGCCUAGCACCUACCAACAUGCUUUGCUCUUGCAGCAAGGAAAGCAGCGACAAACCACCCUUUCCGAUUUAGAGCCCAAGAUCACCACAAACUAUGAAGUGAUGCGCAACCAGCCUCUGCUCAUUGUGCCAACUUCCACAGAAAGUGGCUAUGGGGUGGCUCACUUGGGGGGAAAGUAUGGCAACUUGGACUUGAGGUUAGGGCUAGAGGAGAGGAGCAUGGCAUCUAGUCCCAUGUCUAGCAUUUCUGCUGAUUCCUUUUAUGCCGAUAUUGACCACCACAAUGCCAGGAACUACGUGCUGAUAGAGGACAUAGGGGAGCUCACCAAGGCCUCAACAGGGCUGAGCAACACUGGCUUGGGUUCUGGAUUCAACCUGCCUAAUAAGGAGUUGUCCAAAGCAGACAGACUACUCAGGGCAGCAGAAGUCAGGCGCACAGCAGAGGUGGCAGAUUUUUUAGGCACAUCUCGGCUUCAGGGUUAUAGUAAAGGAGAAGAUGACACUAUGGAGGAGCCUUAUGAGCUGAAGCUACUGAAGCAGCAGAUCAAGCAGGAGUUCAGGCGAGGAACUGAGGGACUAGAACACUUAACAGGUCUGGGCCUGCCCCAGUAUCUCCCUAGUGAUAGCAGUUUUCGCCACUUCCCUAAAGGAGAAAAAUAUAGCAUCGGCAGGCUUACCCUUGAAAAGCAAGCUGCAAAGCAGCUACCUGCAGCUGUGCUUUACCAGAAACAGAUGAAGAACAAAAAGGCCCUAAUAGAUCCGAAAGCCAUCACGAAAUUUUCCCCAAUUCAGGAGAGUAGGGACGUGGAGCCUGACUUUGGCAGCUAUAUGGGAUCUGGGGCCUCCUCUGUGACCAAUCUGGCUGCCACAGCUAGGUUGCUUCAGGACGAGAUUACAUUUGGGCUUAGAAAGAAUUUGUCGGAGCAGCAGAAAUAUUUGGGCUCUUCCCUGGGGGCCAACCUAGCUGGCUCUCUUAAUCUUGGGCAGUCCCUUGGACUGGGACCCACUAUCAGGGCCACUGCCCAGGAUGAUGGCACCUACCCAAGUGGCACUCGUUCCCGACCCUCAUCACGCCCCUCUUCCCGCCCCUCUUCUGUCUACGGCUUGGAUCUAUCUAUCAAACGGGACCUAUCCAGUUCCUCACUUAGACUUAAAACAGAAGGAGAGGUUCUGGAUGCAGCAUUUGCCCCUGGGGUGGCCAGAGCAAAACCCACAAGUUUACCUAUCAGCCAAAGCCGGGGCCGUAUCCCCAUUGUGGCUCAGAACUCUGAGGAGGAGAGCCCUCUGAGCCCAGUGGGGCAGCCUAUGGGUAUGGCUAGAGCCUCAGCUGGACCUCUCCCUCCCAUUUCUGCUGACUCCAGGGACCAAUUUGGCUCUAGCCAUUCCCUACCAGAAGUACAGCAACAUAUGAGGGAGGAAUCUCGGACACGUGGCUAUGAUCGAGACAUCGCAUUCAUCAUGGAUGACUUGCAAGGUGCCAUGUCUGACAGCGAAGCACUAAGUGAGUCCAUGCUGGCUUUGAACAGAGAUGAUGCCAGAAUCUUUCAUGAAAGUAUCAGACACGCUGGAGGCCCAAACUGGAAUAUAGAAGCCUACCACCUGAGGAGAGAGGAUACGGAUUGGUUUGAUAAACCAAGAGAAGGGCAUCCGCAGAGUGGAAAUAUGAUAGACAGAAGACAGAUGAAACUGGUUCCUUAUGCCUUCCCUAACACUCGUAUCAAGCUUAAGAGAGACCUGAAGGACACCAGUGUGUCAGGAAAUGGACUUGGGAUCCGUGUGGUCGGUGGGAAGGAGAUUCCAGGGAGUCGAGGAGAGAUUGGAGCCUAUAUUGCCAAGGUUAUCCCUGGUGGUGUGGCAGAGCAAACAGGAAAAGUUGUUGAAGGAAUGCAGGUGUUAGAGUGGAAUGGAGUUCCUCUGACAGCAAAGACUUAUGAAGAAGUCCAGUGCAUCAUGGGCCAGCCAUGUGCAGAGGCGGAGCUCUGUGUGAGACUCGACCUUAAUAUGCUGUCUGACCCUGAGCACCCACAAGCCCUGGAGCACCAUGUCCAGCUUAAGGCUGUAGGUGGGCAGCGUUCCCCUGGUGUGGACCCUAAGCAAUUGGCUGCAGAGCUGCAGAAAGUGUCCCAGCAGCAGGCUCCUGGUGUAGCUGGCACAGGGGUUGUGCCAGGGGGUUUGGGGGUACUCUCUGCACUUGAGCGCUCUGCCCUCCUUCACUCUGGUACUGGAUCAGCUGCCUCCAGUGGUGUGCCAAGCCCUGGCCAGCCUGCAUCCCCAGCCAUAAACAAGAAACAACGACACAAGCCAACAGAAGUAAUGAAGAUUCCUCAUCCCAUCACUGGAGAAAUUCAGCUCCAGAUCAACUAUGACAGGAACCUAGGAAACCUGAUCGUCCAUGUCCUGCAGGCUAGAAACCUGGCCCAGAGGGACAACGACGGCUACUCUGACCCUUUUGUCAAGGUCUACCUCUUACCUGGGAGAGGCCAAGUCAUGGUUGUCCAGAAUGCAAGUGCUGAUAACAAGAGAAGAACCAGGUAUGCCCAGAAGACCAUGAACCCAGAAUGGAACCAGACUGUCAUCUACAAGAACAUUCACUUGGAGCAGUUAAAGAAAAAGACGCUGGAGGUCACAGUGUGGGACUAUGACAGAUCCUCUUCCAAUGACUUCCUUGGAGAAGUGCUGAUUGACUUAUCAAACACAGCCCAGCUAGACAACACUCCUCGCUGGCUGCCUUUGAAGGAACAGAGUGAGAGCAUUGAGCACAGCAGAGCCCACCAUGCUGCUCAAGGCCCACCAGGGUCCGGGUCAGGUCUGGGUCAUAGUCAGAUACAUGGCCAAGGCUAUAUGUCAGUGCCCGGGAUGGGGCCUGGGCAUGGUAUGGGACAGGGUCAAAUGUCAGGACAGGGAGAUGGGAGUCAUGAUUCACCUAAAAACUCUGUAAUCAAGAGCAGAAGCCACGGAAUCUUCCCUGAUCCGGCCAAAGACAUGCAGAUGUUGCCUUUGGAAAAGUCACACAGCAGCCCAGGCAGCUCCAAAUCUUCCUCUGAUGGUCAACUGCGCUCCCAUGGCCCCUCCAGAAGCCAAAGCAAGAGCAGCGUCACUCAGGCCCACCUUGAGGAUGCUGGGAUAGCCAUUGCUGCCGCUGAGGCUGCCGUGCAACAAUCCCGCCUGCAACCAAGACCAGGACACCGACUGGGUGAUGUCUCAGGGUCAGUGGUUCUGUCUGCCCCGAGUCUUGUAGGAGACGCCUAUGGAGGUCUGGAUGGGGAAGAGGGGGCGGGCACUGGAGUGGACAGUGCCAUUUUUCAAGUGCCACGCAUUGGUAAGACUGUUCCCAACGGCACUGACAAAAACCAACUAGGGACUCCGGAAAAUGAAGGUGGUAAAACACAAGUAAUGGGGGAGAUCAAGGUCGCUCUCAAGAAGGAGGUGAAGACAGAAGGGGACCAACUGGUCUUGGAGAUCCUUCAAUGCAGGAACAUCACUUACAAGUUCAAGAGCCCAGACCACCUACCAGACCUGUAUGUGAAGUUGUAUGUGGUGAAUGUAGCCACUCAGAAGAGGAUCAUCAAGAAGAAAACCAGAAUUUGUCGACAUGACAGAGAACCCUCUUUCAAUGAGACCUUCAGAUUCCCCCUCAACCCAACUGGACAUUCCAUUCAGUUGUUCCUGGUGUCUAAUGGAGGCAAGUUCAUGAAGAAGACCCUGAUAGGGGAAGCCUACAUCUGGCUGGAUAAAGUGGACAUGAGGAAGAGAGUGGUCAGCUGGCACAAGUUGUUUGUCAGCUCCACUCAAACCAACCCGUGAGCACCACACCAAAAAGAGAUGGCGAUGCGAUAGAUCAACAAAAGGUGAAGCUAGAAUGUACUAGUUCAUAGAUCUGAUUUGGAAAAAAAAAAUGAAUAAGAGAAAAAAAAAUCAAGAAGAGGAAGAAAAAAAAAAGAUCCAUUUCCAAUUCCUCCAUUCAUUUUUUACUUCCUCAGUUCAUAAGUUAAAAAGAAGGGGGGAAUUAUGUGCUAAUACCAUAACAACUGUAUCAGUCCAACACUGCCAGCACACAUGUCCACCUCCUCCCAUGUCGAGUCUCCGCUGGCUGUGGACUUUGCUUGUAGGAUGCAAACAUGCAAACACCACAGCAGACACUGAAACAGACUUAGCAGCAAUAUGGCUUUGAGAGCAGCGACGUCUUUCUUACCAUAGAUCCAAUUCCAUGAUCAACAUGAGACUUUGUUGUUUUUGGUGCUGUGCAACUAAUCUAACAUAUCUAUCAGAGUGAAAGAUGAAAAAAAUAAAAAAAUAAAAAAUAAGGUGAAUCUGACUUUGAUCACAGAAUCCUCAGCUGAAUUAGCAUUGUGUUUUCUUCAUAUGGGAGUCAUCAUUGUAAUGCCCAAAUGAUGGUUGUGAUGUGUGUGGACAUCAGUGGUCUUGAAAUAUCUAAUGAAGGAAUGCGUAAUGUUUUUUUUUUUUUUGUAUGAUAACCUUUUCAGUUUCAUGUAUAAAGAAAAAAACUAAAACAAAGCCUAUGAAGAAGAAAGUCAGACAGUUGACUUUUGCUAUGAGAUGAAGAUAAAUUGUACAGCACUUCAGAUUGUAGAUAUCACACAUGAAGAUUACAGAGCAUAUCAGAAAAUCACAUUAUACAGUGUGAUAUUUAUAUAAUAUACAAAGAUAUCAGAUGCAGAAUAUAUCUAAAUACAAUAUACAGUAUAAGAGUUCUCUUGUCACUAUAUAUGAAAUCAAAUAUAGACAUAUGAUCUCUGUUAGAUUGAGACUGUGGGUGGUGCACUGACAAUCCAGUAAGCUUAUUUGGUCUAUGGUGUAGGCAGUCUAAAUAGCUGUUAUGUGAAUGUGGACCUAUGUGAGCUCUAGGAUGUUCAUGAAAAAUAGCUCCUUUGGUCCUCUGAAUACACUGAUGCACCACUAGAUAUUCAACAGGGCUGUGAUAGAUUUAUUGAACGUCAACAUCCAGUGACAGAUUGCUAUUUCACUGGCAUGCUGAUGAGUAGGGCAGGUUAGAAUGACAAUAAAAUGCAUAAACAGCAUCUUGUGUUCUGAAGUCCAAAACACAUGCUGUGUUGAAUGUUACAAGCCAACUGAAGAGGAUUGCAAGAGUUUAUCAUAUCUGUGUCAUGUGUACAACAUUUUACUUCAAGGCUGUUGUAGUUGCUCGGAGUAUGCUAAUAUUUCUUUUUUUGUGUGUGUGUGUAGCCCAUCAUGUAAUUACACUGUUGGAAUGGACAUGUAAUUCACACAAGCUGUGUCAAAACCAUACGUAGAUCUGCAACUGUCAUUACUUCCAUAUGACAGAUCUGCUUUCUGUGUAUUAGUAAAGCACCCCUGGCCUGAGUUUUACCUAAAAAUAAUGUCAAAAUGGAAAUAACAACAAUAACAAUAACAAUAAUUCUUACCAGUCAAAUGUCAAGGUUCCUCUGUGUGUCUGGCUGUGCUGUAAAACUAACUAUGCUGUUUUGUGUCAGUGACUCCUGUUGCAACACAGUGAACCAGCCUUUCACUGCCUGUGACCAAAACACUCACUCAGGCCCACUCAGUCAUAUUUAAGGCAGAAGAACACAUGGGGGCCAAGUCUUGGUACUAAUGUGGAGCAGGUGAACCCAUAUACUCAUCUAUGUUUUGCCACCAUAUCUGCAGAAUAAAAAAAAAGCACUAUUGAGUAACAGUCAGAACUACUGUCAGUGUGUUUAGGCAUAUCACAGGGCUGAUGCAAUUUUUGUAAGAAUUAAAUAUGACAAAGGAAACGACAAACACACUUAGAACAAGAUGUCAUUUAAAUCUUAUAGCAAAGGAUAACAAAAAGAGAAUAUAAAUGAGGAAAGGAACAUGGUUGACUUUUCAGAUAAUUAUUUUGCUGUGCCAAUCUUGAUUUUUUAUUUUAUUUUCAGACCCAUUGGUUCUUAAUUCUAUGCAACAUAGAUGUGUUUGAAUGCAUUUGUUAUUUUGGAACUAAAUGUUAUUUAUGUGAACACAUGGUCUAAAAUUAUGUCUUAUAGUAAAUAUAACUUUAAUUUGUAUAUCAUUGAGAUAAAAUAUUAACUAUAUUGAUUUUUUAAAAAUGAUUUUAAUAUAAAUUGAUGUUAACGGCUGUUAACAUCUACAUGGAGCUUGUGCACUUUAUUAUUGCAUUGUUAAUUUCCUUGUCUCGUUUUAACUGUCAUAACAUGCAAGAUUAUGUGUUUUGUGUUUCUGCACUGAAAUGAACUGAAUCAUGGUGUAUGUGGUGGCAGAAAAUAUUGUGGUGUACAUUUUGUAUUUAUGUGGCAAAAGAAAAACAUGCAGACACGUUGGGGUUCCUAAACAAAAUGCACAAUCUAGGGAGAAAUUACCUUAUUACAUCAUGGUCAUAGUCUUCUUAACAGUCUGUGUACAAAGUACAGUAAAUAAGACAUAUUCCCUCAAUGCUCAGUCAUGACUGUUUAACCCCUCGUGUUUCAUUAGACUUCCCUCAAGCUAAAUACUGUCUGUUCAUAUCAGCUGUUGCCUGUAAUUGUGAAACCAUCCAUUUGUUGUUGUUAUGAGGGGUGUGAAUGUGACUCAAGUCGUUUGACAUGUGUACAUAAAGUGUUUAUUUUCUACAAAGAUUGAAUGUUUAUAUUGUCCGAAGUUUGAGCAUGUGAGUGUUGAAAAAAAAA